AUGAAAGCUUUUUGGAAGCAAACACGUAAUCGUAAGCCACCUACUAAAAGUUUCUUUCAUCUUUGUUCUGGGAAUCCUCAAAGAUCCCACAAUCAUUUAAUUCUUUUGUUCUGUGCUUUGGCUUUUUGGUCUCUUGGAUUUGAAUUAAGGAGCAUGGACCAAAAGAAGGAUGGGUAUGAUGGAGGGAGUAUUGUUCGGUCGCUGUGUUUUCUUGUCAUCGCUGUUUCGUCUAUCAGUAAUUUCAGACAAAACAGACAAUGUGAUAAGCUAUCCAAAUGUGAGCAAAAUAUCCCAGGUAGAAGCGUGUUAGAAAGGGGGCGCCAACAGAUAUCCAUAUUUGAAAUUGUGGUUGGAGAUGUCAUUGCCUUGAAGAUUGGAGAUCAAGUACCUGCUGAUGGGAUUUUGGUACAAGGUCAUUUUCUUUACAAGUAGAUGAAUCUAGCAAUGACAGGUGAAAGUGAUCAUGUUCGAGGUUAACCUUAGCCAAAACCCAUCUUGAUUUCUGGCACUAAGGUUGUCGAUGGCUAUGGCAUGAUGCUUGUGACAUCGGUUGGCAUGAACACGACCUGGGGUGAGAUGUAUGAGCAAAAAUUAGCGGUGAUUCUACGAGACAAAACACCUCUCCAAGAACGACUCAACAAAGCUUACUUCAAUCGAUUGGUAAUUGGAUUGCUAGUUGCUUUCUUAGUACUUGUCGUCCUAUUGGUACGUUACUUUACUGGGAACAAAAGAUGAGAAUGGGUAACAAAGAAUUCAAACGGGAGCAAGACAUCAUCGGAUGAGUGGAUCAAUGCUGUGGUAGGAAUUGUUGCUGCCUGCAGUUACAAUUGUUUGUUGUCGCGAUUCCUGGAAGGAUUGCCUUUAGCUUGUACACUUACUCUGCUUAUUUCGAUGAAGAGAAUGAUGGCAGAUCUCAGGCAAUGGUUGAGGAAGCUCAUCUGCUUGUGAGACCAUGUGCCUGCCACCACAAUUUGUAACAGACAAACAGUAACUGCUACAUUAAAUAAGAUGACUGUCACAAAAAUUUUCUUAGGCAAAAGGCAACGUAAAGGCCAAAAAGUCAGUCACGCAAUUUCAGCCAAAGUUCUUGAAUUAUUCCAUCAAGGGUUUGGAUUAAACACUACAGUAGUGUUUUCAAGUCCUCCGAUUCAGGUUCGAGCUUUUGAAUUCUCAGGCAGCCCAACUGAAAAAGCUAUUCUUUCAUGGGCUGUGCUGGGACCUGAAAUGGAUAUUGGAUCAAAGUCAAGAGAAAUUUCAGACAUCUUAACGUAGGAAGCUUUCAAUUCGGAGAAAAAAGAGAGUGGCAUAAUAAUCAAGAACAUUACUGAUGGAACAAUUCAUGCACAUUGGAAAGGGUGCUGGCAGAGGAUGAUUUCAAGAAUGUGCUCCAAAUUAACUAUGAAUGCAGAAGGGAACAUGAAACUCUAGUGAAAUCAGACAAGGAAGAAUGUCGAUCGGAUAAUUAAGAAUAGUGCUGCCAGCAGCCUUCGAUGUAUCGCCUUUGCACACAACCAAUUGCCAAAAAAAAAGCUGAGCAGAGAGAGGAUCAUGAACAAAUACAUGGAAGUAUUCCAGACAACUCCUUCAUUCUUGUUGGGUUUCAUCGGCCUAAAAGAUCCAUGUCGACCUUGGAUGUAAAGGAAAGCUAGUGGAAGAUAUGCCAAAAUUGCUGGUGUGAAUAUCAAGAUGAUCACUGGCGAGACAAUUAUGUUCACUGCAAAAGCCAUAGCCAACAGAUGUGGGAUUCUUCAUCCGAUUUUGAAGCAGAGAAAGGAGCGGUCAUAGAAAGGUGAGAAAAUUUUCGCAAACUUAACAGAUGAAGAACGCAUGGAGAGAGUGGAGAAGAUUCGCGUGAUGGCAAGAUCAUCCCCUUUUGACAAACUUUUAAUGGUGCAGUGCUUGAGAAAGAAAGGUCACGUGGUCGCGGUCACAGGUGAUGGCACGAAUGAUGCACCAGCUUUAAAGGAAGCAGAUAUAGGACUUUCUAUGGGGAUACAGGGCACUGAAGUGGCUAAAGAGAGUUCAGAUAUUGUCAUUUUGGACGAUAAUUUUGCUUCAGUUGUCACUGUUCUGAAAUGGGGAAGAUGUGUCUAUAACAACAUCCAGAAAUUCAUCCAAUUUCAGCUCACAGUAAAUGUGGCCGCACUUGUGAUCAAUUUUGUAGCAGCUGUUUCAGCUGGUGAGGUACCACUCACAGCAGUGCAGUUGCUAUGGGUAAAUUUGAUCAUGGACACAUUAGGGGCACUAGCACUUGCAACAGAGAAGCCAACCAAGGAACUCAUGAAGAAGCUACCAGUCGGUAGGACUGAGCCCCUUAUCACCAACAUUAUGUGGAGAAAUCUAAUGGCUCAGGCCUUGUAUCAGAUUGUUGUUCUAUUGACCUUCCAAUUCAAAGGCGAAUCAAUCUUUGGCGUCAACGAGAGGGUAAAUGAUACUUUGAUUUUCAACACAUUUGUUCUUUGCCAAGUGUUCAACGAAUUUAAUGCACGAAAUCUGGAGAAGAAGAAUGUUUUCGAGGGAAUACACAAGAACAAGUUGUUUGUGGCAAUCAUUGGAAUCACUUUGGCUCUUCAAGUGGUGAUGGUGGAGUUUUUGAAGAAGUUUGCAGAUACAGAGAGGUUGAAUUGGGGGCAAUGGGGCAUCUGCAUUGGUUUGGCAGCUGCAUCUUGGCCAAUUGGUUGGCUAGUCAAGUGCAUAACUGUCCCAGAGAAACCAGUUUUCAGUUAUCUCAGGUUGAAUUACUUGAAAGCCGUGUU